UUCCAGCUUGCCUUGAAGUUUGUCUUUUGUGUGUGACUUUGUUGCAAAUAAAAUAAGUAAACACUAAUUAAAAUAGUGACUACUUUUAAGAAAAACUUUUCACGUUAAGUGACAGUUGUUUUCCUCCGAGGCGGUAAAAAUAAUACCGGGCAUCCAUCUGUAGAAAGCGCUCCAAUGGCGCUGUCAACCAAGCUUCGGGUGCACAAUGAUCUUGCUCGAGAGGCGCUUGCAGAGUUCCUGGGAACCUUCAUCCUCCUGUCGUUUGGUGACGGUUCCGUGGCACAGAUGCUGCUGAGCCAAGGGGAACUCGGGAGCGCCCUGUCCAUCCAUCUCUCCUGGGGGUUGGGGGUCAUGAUGGGUGUCUUUGUGGCCGGCGGGGUUUCCGGUGCGCAUCUCAAUCCGGCUGUCACCGGCGCCAUGGCGUGCCUGGGACGCCUGCCAUGGCGGAAAGCACCCGUAUACAUGCUCGCGCAGUACCUUGGCGCCUUUAUCGCAGCCGCCUGUGUCUACCUUGUGUAUUAUGACGCCCUAGCGCACUACGAUGGAGGGGUCCGGGACCUGAGCUCGGCAGGGAUUUUCGCCACCUACCCACAGACUUACGUCACUUCCUGGAACUGCUUCGGGGACCAGAUAUUUGGAACUGCCCUGUUGCUGAUCGGCAUCCUGGCGAUCACGGACCCCGAUAACAUGGCUCCCUCCAAGGCUAUGACGGCCCUCUGCGUUGGGCUGCUUGUCGUCGCCAUCGGGAUGACCUUUGGCCUGAAUUGUGGAUACGCCAUCAACCCCGCCCGCGACCUAGGGCCGAGGAUUUUCACUGCGAUUGGCGGUUGGGGAUUGGAGCCUUUUAAUGUUCGGAACUACAACUAUUUCUGGAUCCCAGUGGUGGCAACGCACCUAGGGGCGAUUAUUGGCUCUCUCGUUUACCAACUCUGUGUGGGUUUCCACUGGCCGCGACAGGCCUCCGACGCUCAGAUGAACGUCCGCGGGGGCCCUGUGAGUCAAGUGCAGUACGAUGGCCCUUACGAAAGCCAAGCAAAACUGUAAUGAAGUCCAUCGUCGGCUACCAUAAAUGAUAUUUUCCGAAUACACUAUGGACAAUUCGUAGGAGUGUUAAGUAAUGAACGCAGAGUACGGGGGUUCAUUCAGUCUGAACUGAGAUAUACAUGCCUGCACAAAGAAAGACAGGCGGCAGUGACAUCUGCUUUGGUUCAGAUAAUAGCCACACUCGUCAACUACACGUGUGUACAUAAUAGCACUUUUUUUAUUUGGUUGUUAUAGAAUUGUAAACAAAAAUACUAUACCCAUCCAUAUGUUGCCAGACUGGGGCUGGUGGGUCAGGCGAGUCUGGCGAGCUCUGCUUGGUGUAUAAGAGAAAGACUUUCAUGUAGAUACAUUAACAUAUACUAUAUCUAAAGAAAAAUAAAAUUAAUACUUUCAGUAUAUGAGUGCGAAAAAAAUUAAGUAGGCUAUCUUUUAUAAUUAUAUCUAUGUAGAAGACGGAAAAUGAACAUAUGAACUUCUCAGGGUUCCAGCUUUAUUUUAACCUAUUUAUUGAAACAUGCCUUAAUAGUAUAUAUAAUAAAUACAUGAUUAAAAAUCGCACAAUCGGUACAAACAUUGUUAGAAUAUUCAGAAAUUUAGGAGCGAUGGAGAUAAAAGAUAUAUAGAGUAAUUAAAUUAAAAGUUAAACAUGAAAAAAAACUCUUUACCAAAAUCAUAACAUCCAAUCCUGGACGAAACAAAGACAUAGUACAGUAGACAUAAAUGCUCUGUCUGGGAGAAGUCUGUACUGAAGGGGAAUAGCAUUGACCUGUCAAUAUAAAUAGAAAUUACACGCAAAAAAAAAUAAAACACGUUUUUGAGAUUUUAGUUUCCUUAACAGUGUAAACCACAUUGCUUACAUUCACUCGUAUAAGAUGCAAAAACAAAGAAAUAUAGGAUAAGUGUUUGUUUCAGUGUAAGAUCGUUGUAUAUUUCACCGAGUGAGCACCAAAUGUUAUAUUUCACGAGUGACGUAGUGAAAUAUUCACUUUUGGUGUUCACAAGGUGAAAUAUAUAGCGAUCGUACACUGAAUCAAGCAUUUUUAUUUAUUUAUUUAUAUGCCUUAAAUUGGUAUAAAACAUUUUAUUAAAUUUUCUUCGAAAAAAAAAUGCGCCAACUGAAUGCGCAAGUAACGUCAUAUCGGAAAUGACGUCGUUCAUUUUGUGUCCAAGCCCUGUGCGCGCUGAUAUUUGUUUUGGAUAGCACAUGUAGCAAAACGGGCUAAAAUGUACAAGCAGUGAAAACUAUCAAAUUGAUAUUUUCACUAUUUGAAACAGUGAAAGAUCGUUUUUAUUUUACUGAUAAAUCCCUAUAAUCCAUAUCUUUAAUAAAAUCUUCAAAUAUCUGUUUGGAUGAACAGGGAUAAUACUUAUCAUUUCAUUUUCAGAACGUUUUGAGUACAGUGUAUGUUCAUUAUAGUUAAAUUAAACAUUCAUUUGUCAUUGGUGUUGCCAAUAAUUUGCAUUAUACA